CCCCAAUCUUUCACCUUAACACCUAAUCUUCCCGCAGCGCGUGUGUCUCCGCUCCCUCUUCCUGCACCUGCAUGCUGAAUAAACGACGUCCUAAACUAAGAAUCUCACCUCCACCCUCCUUUCUUUCCUCCCGCCGUGGCUUCCUUUGACAACCUGAGCACUUCGCAUUUCUAUUCAGGCGCCGACUUUUGCCUUUUCCGCCCUUCCCCCUUCCCCUUCUCUCCUUGAUCGGUCAUCUUUGUUUCCCAUCUCUGGCUGGACGCAUAACUUCAGCGAAGCUUAACUGGUUGCCCAUCGAGAUUCUCGGUCAGCUAUCUCUCUGAUCGACGCUUCAAACACCAGCCUACCCCAGUUCAGAGCAUUGUGUGCUGAGAUUGUCAACUUUUCCUCAACUUGCAGCGUUCCACACUCCUUGCUGUACCACACCUACGUACGAACUCACUAUCGCUGCCCUUUGGUAGCCUCUACGGAGUACCCUUUAUUCAUCCUCACCCUUCCACCACUCACUACUGCCCACCUGCACCCACUGCAGACUCACUGCACCCACUACUAAGAGUCCUGCGCAGCCCAGAUUCUCUCUUCCGUGACUUCCCUCCUUAGCUCCUUCCUACCUAGGCCAACUUCACCUUUAACCCCCCGCCCACUGGCAAUACUCUGUUCACGGCAAUUCAAUUUUCUCACGACCGAUCUACCAUUGUUCAACACCUUCCACCAUCUCAACAACGAUACUAAUAAUCUUCAACGCACUGCACCGACUCAACGUCACCAUCAUCGUACCUUCCAUCACGUAUCCUGCUUGAGAACAGGUCGGACCCAGCCACGACCCAGCCACGUCCCGACCGACCGAAACACCACCAACACUGCGCAUCACCAUUUGUCGCUUCCGGGCAAUAACCUGGAAUUCAAUCAGUACAGCUCCAUUCUUUCACCCAUACGGUCGGUUGAAUCGACGGUCAAUACCUUGGUGACUUCAAAUCACAUACCAUCUAAUCCAUCGGAUCCACGCAGAACGUGAGAGGAUACUUGACACCCUCUCCCCCAACUACACAUAUGCCAUCCUACGGAUCGCUUCAUUCGCCCUCCAUCCAGAAGAACGGCGUCCCUUACAAUAUGGACAACAAAGGAAGAAGAGCAGGUGGCAUGCGGACGAUGAGUAUGGACAAUAUUCUGGGCGACCCAUUUGCGCUGGCGACAGUAUCAAUUGCGUUGGUAUGUACUCUCCAACUUCAUGUCUUCAUCAGACUGCGCCUCCCAAGAUCGAUCUGAUCCUGUGAGGGAGAGAUCGGACAUAGAUCGAAUUGUUACUGACCAACCCUCUGUGAACAGCUCGCUUGGUUCAUCGCGUUUGUCGGUUCAGUAAUCGCCACGGCCGCCAAAUUAGAUCCAGCCUUCCCUAACUAUUCGUGGUUCGCAAUUGCCUACAUGUUGUGUGCUAUUAUUGCGGUAUUUGUGGUGAUUGCUUCGGAUACAACCCAAACCUAUCAUGUCGCCAUCGUCGGUUACCUUGCCUGCGGCCUCGUCUUGACCACCUCAUCAGUUAAUUCCACCAUCUAUUCUCCCAAUGGCGCAAAAGAAGCAACCGCUGCCGGUCACAUCUUGCUUUCCAUGGUCAAUGUAUGAUUAUCUCAAUCCUUGGUAAUCUCAAAUGCUAACCUACCCAUCAGAUUGUGUGGAUCUUUUACUUUGGAUCAACACCCAACGCAGUUCCCAGAGCCUACUUGGAUUCCUUUGCUUUACACAAGGAUCACAGAGUAUCUCAAGGUGGAAGAGGAAUGAGUAACGCAGGAUACCCAGCCGGCCGACCCGAUACCUCGAUAUCUUCCAACAUUCCCCCACAAAUGUAUACUUCAGCUCAAUUGGGUGGUUUCGAAACUUCGUCACCAGUUGCAGGAUAUCCAAAUGGUACAUUAGGACCGGAGCGAAACUCUUCUCAGCCAAGAUUUGGAAAUGGUCCAUCGCAAGGCAACUUGGGACAGAUGAGCAGCGAGCCUACAGUAGGAGAGGUCGUCCAACCAACCGAAUACCCAUACCGAGCUAAGGCCAUCUACUCAUACGAAGCCAACCCCGACGAUGCCAACGAAAUCUCAUUCUCAAAACACGAAAUCCUAGAAGUCUCCGACGUCAGCGGACGAUGGUGGCAAGCAAAGAAGGAGACCGGAGAGACCGGAAUCGCCCCUUCGAAUUACCUGAUUUUAUUAUAAGCUUUUUUGCUCGAUCAAAAGAGAUUCUGUUUUUAAGGAGAUUGGGGCUCUAAAAUUUCUUUCUCUCGACAUGAGGGACAUUGGGAAAGGUUUCGAAAUAUGGGAUCAAACAACCUAGGUUUUACAACGGAGUGGCUGGAGUUAUUUUCUCUCUGUAAUAGUCAAUGUGAUAUGAUUGGUUUUCUUUCGUCACUUUGUUUUUCAUUUGUUUCUUUUUUCGACUGGUUACCACUUCCAAGUUCCUUCGGCAUUUUCAUCGACGACCCAGAGUCCGGUUCUUCACAGUACAUAUCGAGAAACAGCGGUGCUGUCCAUUUUAUUUUCUCUUCCAAGGAAAAAGGCAACAUCUUCGAUCGACGGACGAACAAGCGCAAAUACGGAUGCGGUAUGGGAUGUCAUGGCUCUGGAUUCUAAACAUUGAAUCAAGGUUAUACGCGUCAACCUCGAUUGUUACUUUUCGAAUACGAUAUUCGCUUCUGAUGAUUUGGUUGUGGAUUGAAAGGAACUGGGGUUCGACGUGGGCGGUUCGGAAUGUGGUUGCAAGUAGAUGGGAUGGGAUGCGAAUGGGCGAAUCUGAUUAGCGAACCCUGGUCUCAUCUAUUUCCCUGUCAAAUACGACUACAAUCCUUUGGACCUCCCGCCUUGACCUCCCGCCCCCUCGAGAUUUGACCUAGGUAUUCGCAGGCUCCACGCAGUACCAGGACAAAGAAAGAAAGCGACCAUCGAAAAUCUAACGUUGACGGCCUGUACAGCAAGUUGAGAAAGGGUAUGCGUGUUGAGGAAUGGAAUUGGUAUUUGCAAAGAAAAAUAUACCCGUACUGUACGCCCCAGGCCUGAUCUCGCAAGGAAACAACACACCUUUUUUCCAGGGCAUUUCUAAUUUUUUGUUUUUUUUGCUAUUUUCCUUUUCAGUGAGAUUGGUUUUUCUUUUCGCCAGGUUUAAGGACUUGGGUUUGUGUUUUUUCUAUAUUCUGCGAGAUGAAAUGCGUCUUAGCUAGUAGUUUUUUAUUUUCUUCCUUUUUUUUUCUUUAAUGUUUUCUUUUUCUUUUCGAGAGUUUCUCUAGUUUUUUCUUUGGUUCUUUUGAUCCUUUGAUUUGGUUUGAUUUGGUAUGUAAGAGAGAAGAAAGGGCGGUAGCCAGGCAAAGCAGAAAGGCAGAUGAUGCAUGGAUGGAUAUGGGAUUGGUGAAUUGUUUUUUUCAAGGGAGGAUUGGUGAAGAAGAAGUAUGACCUGAAUCAGAAUCGGGAUUGGGAAUCAGAAUUGCAAUCGAAUGGAAUGGAAUAGAUUCAUUUGUGGAUCGUGGGAUGGAUGUAAGGGAGAGAAAGACAGAGAGAUAUUGAGAUAGUUGAGAAAUGGAUUCCUACUGAAUUGAAGCUU